AUGGGCUUUGGGAGGAGUAUGCUCAGCCAUUUUCUGGCGGUUGUGGUUUUCUUGGUAGCACGGUCCAUCGCAGGCUUCACCAACGCGUUUGACGGCAUCACGAGCGGGUCGAGCGUGGCGCUGACCUGGGACGCCGUGGAACCGCAACACUACCCUUUGCGCAUCACGGCGCAGGUGAUUGAUAAGAAUGGUGACGGUUUCAGCGCGAAAGCAUAUCGGUUCAAUAUCACAACUGGCGCCAGUGGAACUUCAUACUUAUGGGCGGGGGCGCCAUACCCGCUUCGUUGGGUUCCCAGGGGACUCUACCAGCUCGAGCUGAGGCCGAUGACCUGGACUGGGGCUGAUGUGCCCUUGCUGGCCAAGUCGCCAUUUUUCAGCAUCGAUUCUGGGAAUGCGGCGCAGACGGAUGGGCCAACAGACGAGCCCACGGCACCAGCAGAUCCCCCGAGCGACGACGGUCCGGUCAUUAGCAAGGCGGCAGCUAUUGGACUCGGUGUGGCCGUCGGGGUGCCUGCGGUGGUGGGAGCGCUGGUUGUGGGCUGGUGUGUCUGGAAGCGGCAGCAAAAGGCGGCCACGGAAAAGAGGCGACUCAAGAGAAGCGAGUUUGUCAUUAGCUGA